CGUCAGGAUUACGCCCGACACGUGAUUGAAUGAUGACGUCAAAAGCCGGUGCCUCUAUAUUGAAGUGACCUUCUUUGCGACCGCCAGAAAUCACUCACCGGCCGAGAGAAGCAUUUUGUAAUCCAGCAUAUUUUAAACAAAAGCCGACUAUGGGUGACAUUGCCAAAGGAAAGAAGGCUUUCGUCCAGAAGUGUGCUCAGUGCCACACAGUAGAGGAGGGGGGGAAGCACAAGGUGGGCCCUAACCUCUGGGGUCUGUUCGGACGCAAGACUGGGCAGGCAGAGGGCUUCUCGUACACAGACGCCAACAAGAGUAAAGGUAUUGUGUGGGGUGAGGACACCUUGAUGGAGUACCUGGAGAACCCCAAGAAGUACAUUCCUGGAACCAAAAUGAUCUUCGCUGGCAUCAAAAAGAAGGGCGAGCGCCAGGACCUCAUUGCAUACCUUAAAUCGGCAACAUCAUGAACUAGUCGUUAACAUUAGAAUAUUUAAUGCCGUCUUAUUGUGUUAUUAUUUUUUGUUUAUUUUUUGGCUUCCACAUAAUACGGUUUUAUGUUUAGUCAUUUGCAAUUAUGGUUAAUUUAUGUUGUCUAAGGUUAGAAAAGUGGCACCUCUUGUGAGUCAGUGAGUUCACAGCUCGUGUCACUUCCUCUUUUUUAAGGUCUGAGUGCAAGCAAUUGUUCAAAUGACCAAACAUAAAACUACAGUCUGUUUUUGUUUUCUGUACUUUGACUCUAAUGAGGAGAAAACAACUAAUCCCAUUUUCAAUUUUCUAGCUGUGACAAGUCUCCUGACCUGUCCUGACCUCAUUCUGUUUUUCCAUGGCAACAUGUGUCUGGUACGUUCUGCUAGCAGAGCCAUCCGCCAUCAACCUUCAUUUUUAAACCUAUUACUAAAAAAUAAGAAGUAACCUAAAAUGAGCUACAUCAGAGUGAAACUGGGUGGAAGUCUUUGGAUUUUUGGUGGUUAACUGGUGCUGACUCUCUUAUCUACUCCCAAGCUUUCAUGCCAACUGGAGUUUCCAACCCAACCUUAGAGGAGUUGACGGUGUCCAUUUUUGACACUCCCUCUCAUCUGUUCUUAUAUAUUGAAGGUCAGAAACUACCACUUGCCAUGAAUGCUCUUUAAAUUCCACUGACUGAACAUUUAGUCUACUGAAACUUUAGGAAAAAAAACCUGUUGUAUACAAGAACUCCUAACAGAGCUGGAUCUGUUAGGUAACUGAAGCAGCCCCCCCCAAGCUCCGGCCCCGGCAGUCAUCAGACGCAAUACAUAAUGAUUAUAAUAAGUGUGCUUACCUGCCUCAUAGCUACGCAUUUUGGGGUAUAAAUGUAUGUAUAGUUGCAUAUGAAUGCUUUCAAAACCACCACCAUGCUGAGAUCACACCAGUGUGAAAUCAGCUGGCAUACAAUCACCAUGCCAACAAUAUUGUGGAGCUACUGUACUACAGUAUGAAGAGAAAGUAUCAAGGGCACCAUCUAAAGUGAGGGAAUAUUUGUGUUAUUUACCUGGUUUCACAGGCUGGAAAGAGUUUUUAACUUAUUUUACUGUAAUCUGAGAGACUGCUUCUGUAACGUGUUUUGACGGGGCUACUUGCUGUCGAUGUACACAGCAAAACACUGUAUGCACAAUAUUAUAAUGCUACAUUGUGGACAGGAUGGAUAAAGGAUCAAUUAAAAGGAAACGUCCAGAAAUGUAAA